AUGCAGGCUACAGCCGCGGCGACGGCAGGCACUGAAGGCUUCUUAAAACGCCUCAAGUCUGCAGCGUUGCGUCGUGGUCUCGUGCCCGACCACGCCGGGAACAAAAGACGUUCGUGCGAGGUUGCCAUCUCGUGGAAAACCGGCUUGGUCAAAACCUCAUUGAGAGACAACGAAAAUGGCGCAAGUUGGAAUCAAUCACGGGCGUUUCAGAGACUCAUUACUACUGGCAACAAAUGGUACGCAUGGCCCUCUUACAACUAUUAGGAUAGAGCCGCGCCUCUGUUAGUCCCGUCCUCUGCAGAUGUGAGCCCGAAAGACAAGUAAACGAACGCACGUUGGGUCGCCAGUCUGCGCUCUUGCUGCAAAAAAACACAGUGAACUAAAGAACAGCAGUGUGCGUGAGUCGAUUAUUUUCCGACACGUGUCUAACUCGGACACAAAUUUUUUCGUUAAAUAUAUAUCACAGCAAUGAAUGACCGAGUUGAUACCCAAGGGUAGUUUUUGUAGAUACAAAUUCCUGAGCGAUCAAACACCGAUCCAGGUCGACGGCGGUGGCGUAGCUCACGAGCAGGUCACGCGCUCUCCAACCUUCUCAGAGCGCCAUCGUCCCACAUCCUCAACAACCACAACUCCCUCUUGUGCCCGCCAUCGUACUACCCUUCCCAGCCCCCUCCAAUGACUAUCAAGCGUGUCUUCCCGGACGCCGCCGUCGGCGCCGCAGACGCCCCGCCGCAGCAGAAGGCCAAGCUCGCAAACCCCCCCGAGUACGAGUCGCGCCUCGUGGACGCCACCGUGCGCUCGGCCGUCAACGCCCUUCUCAAAGAUGCUUCUGCACGGGAAAAGAAACGCGCCCUGCGCGCAGCGGAGACUGGGAGGAAUAUCGCUGACUUGAUGGCCUCUGAGGUCUUCGUCUACCUCGGCCUUACGUUGAAGGAACCGCCCGCGAAGAGUAGACUCCGUCCAUAUUCCCUGCUAUUGAAGAAUUCACUCUACAACAUGGCAGACACCGACGUCUGCUUUUUUGUCAAAGACCCUGAAGACGACGUCAAGGACUAUUUGGAGCGACAUGACGACAAGUUCGUCAAG